ACCUACUCAAUUCCUCUCGACUAAACUAAACCAAGAAGCGAAAUGUGACAGCCCUUUAAAUCACGGGGGUGCACAUGGUUGUGCUGAGAGACUGCUAGCUACUACUGCAACAGCUCAUCUUCAGAGGCACGGGAGGGCAGGAUCCUGAAGGCAAGAAGAAGAGGAGGAGGAGACACGAGAAGGCGGCGGCGACAAGACACAAUGGGGUGCCGGUCCUGUGACAAGCCCAAGAUGAACUACCGCAAGGGGCUGUGGUCUCCUGAGGAGGACCAGCGGCUCAGGGACUACAUCCUCAAGCAUGGCCUCGGCUGCUGGAGUGCUGUCCCGGCAAAGGCUGGUCUCCAGAGAAACGGCAAGAGCUGCCGCCUGCGCUGGAUCAACUACCUGCGCCCUGGACUGAAGCGUGGAAUGUUCUCCCAGGAGGAGGAGGACGUCGUCAUCGAUCUCCAAGCCAAGCUGGGCAACAAGUGGUCUCAGAUUGCGAUGCAUCUGCCGGGGAGGACCGACAACGAGGUGAAGAACUACUGGAACUCGUACCUCAAGAAGAGGGUGAUGCAGCAGGCCCAGGGCGCGUCGUCCAACUCCAGCCCCAAGAGCCCGCCCGAGCUCACCUCCAUGAGCACCACCGCCGACCUGUCGUCCAUGUCCAUGCCCAUGCCCAUGUCCAUGCCCAUGCACCAGCGCCACCACGUCAAGAACAACAGCGGCGGCGGCAGCACCACGACGUCGCACGACCAGCAGGACGACGCCAACAUCAGCGGCAGCCGUGCAGCGCUGUCGGCCCCACCGCCGCCGCCCCUCGCCCAGCAGCCAUUCGAGCACCAGGCGGCUAGGAGCUUCGUGUUCUCGGACUGGGCGCCGGAGAGCUACUCGCUGUCCACGCACUGGCCCGCCGCCACGUCGACCUCUGGCAACGUGACGCCGUCCCACGGCAGCGCCGCCGCCUUCGGGGACCAGAUGAGCGGCACAUACGGCGCCGGCGGGCUGCCGCCGCCGCACCAGGAUCACCACCACAGCGCCGCGCCCGCCACCACCGGCAUCGCGGGGAGUGGCUACUUUGACCUGCUCAAUAUGGGAGACAUCUACGGUGGAUUCAGCUCGACAAACAACGAUGAUCUGCUCUUCUGAACUCAACUGACGACGAUGGAGGCGUGAUCAGUGUUGUGCAUGAGUGAGUCAAAUGCAGCGGUAUAUUGUUGGAUUUGUUGCUUCGUCUUCUUCUUUUGUACGUAUUUUGUAACAAAAUUAUUAUUUGUAACAACAUUAUUAAUUGCGAUGUAGAGAACACACCCUAGGCUGGACAUAAUUCUUUGGUUUCUUUCUACAAUAUAUAUUAAUAAUAAAAAUGCGUACCAACCCGUU